UUUGUUUCUGCGCUUGCGAGAGUGGGUUCAACAUCUCAUCGCCAUCAUGCUCGAUGAGAGUGUGAGGACGGUGGACCCUAAGGGUCUGGCGCUUGUUCUGCUUGUUGUCUCCAUCUUUUUUCUGAUCCCUACCGGCAUAGUUGUUAUUCUGCGAUGUUUUGUUCGAUUGAAGUAUCGUCUCUUUGGUAUCGAUGAUGGUCUCAUGCUUAUCGGAUGGAUACUACACGUUAUAUUCAGCGUUGUUGGUGUUCGUGCCAUUUAUGCAGGUCUGGGAACAAAAGAUGAAUACCUAAAUGCAUACCUACAAGUCGAUGGUCGAAAGUGGACGUGGAUUGGCCAAGUAUUUUAUAGCCUCUCAUUGACGCCUAUUAAAGCGUCCAUCUGCGUAACCCUCCUCCGCAUCGCCGUCACCAAAACCCAUCGAAUCAUUGUCUGGGCCACUCUCAUCUUUACCAUAGUCACCAUGCUCUACCACACCAUUGGUACCUUUUUCGCAUGCAUGCCAAUCACUGCCAAUUGGGAUGAUCGCACAAAAUGCUCGCUGCCUUUCCUAAUGAGUGUAGGCUAUAUGGUGUCCCUCAGUGCGGUUGUCUCAGAUUGGAUUUGUGCUAUCCUGCCUAUUUUCAUGCUAUACAAAUCCCAUAUGAGAAAGGCCACCAAGGUCUCUGUUAGUAUUAUCCUCGGACUGGGCAUACUGGCUUCGUUGUGUACUAUUAUUCGCCUGCCCUACUUGAAGGCGUUUUCGCACCCGGAGGAUUAUUUAUAUCACGUUGCACACAUCGUCCUCUGGUCAACUCUCGAAUCAGGAAUUGGAAUAAUCGCUGGAUGCUUACCGUCACUACGAAAACUCGUCAGCUCUCGUUUCCAUUUCGACUCAUCGACGGGCAGCUCUCCAACUCACAUUACACCAUUUUCUGGAACCAGCAGAGCUGUCAUCACAUCGCAGUCCGUACCGGCAGCACGCCGGACUCAUCGAGGCGAAGUUGGAGAUAACUGGGAACAGCUUGAUGAUGUUGAAGGUACAUCCAGUCAGAAGAUCUAUGUCAAGGUGGACUUGGAGAUGCAAUCUUUGGAGAGACCAGAAACAUCGAGGGAGUCACAUGGGUCCCGUGAAGAUUUGGUACAUCCAUAAACAUACUUUUAAUAUUACUUGUAUUCUAGCUAGACUCUAAAUGGGACAACAGUACAGAGAGAUUUACCCAGUCUUGUGUGAGGAGG